UAUGAUAGAUUUCUCAAGUUUGUCUGUGCUAUUGAUGAAUUCAAUUCAGUGAAAGCAAAGAAUCUGAUAACACAUCUUUACAAAAACCUGAGGAUCUAUUAUAAAACAACUUAUGAUAAAACUGAGACCACUCAAAGUGAAUAUGUUUUCCUGUUUCUUAUAAAUAUGGCAGAGACAGGUUUGAUUUUUACUUGUCUUUUGGAAGUAAUCAUAUAUAUCGUGGAGAAUUUGAUCCAACUGUAUUUGGUACUUAAAACUAAUCAGAAACACAAAUAUGAUGAAAUUGAUAGCAAGUUUGCCAAUAAGCCUACUAUUUUGAAUUUGGCUAAGGAGUUUGAGCCUUUGGAAAAGAGUGCAGAAAGAAUUUUGGAUCAAAUAGUCUAG